UAGCUCCAGUGGCGCAAAUAAACAUCCUCCUCCUGGGUAAUGGCUUUCCCCUCUCUCUGGCCCUCCCUUUUGGACAGGAUAAAUGGCCAGGCAGCACAGUCUCCCACAUCCUCAGUGAAGAGUUGUUUUUCCUUAGCACAGGCUCCCUAAAUGAGGGCAGAAAAGAAGCCACAGAGCUCUUCUAGGGAGCACCGUGGGAGAAGCAGAGAGCAGGCCAUUCAAGAUGGCAGGAAGAAGGACAAAGUGGAACACAGCCAGAAAACUAGCAAAGAGAGGCAGCAGGAGUUCAGCAGAAGGAAGAGGGGAAAGGAGACCCAGAGUAGCCUUCAGGCAGACAACCAAGUCCACACUUCCACAGUAGUGGAUGUGGAUGAUGUCGUGUCAUUUGAGGAGGAAAUGGAGGUGAUGGCGCUGCUUGAAAGCGAGAAGCAGGAGGAAGGUACAAAGUCUCCAGGCCUGGGCAUUUGUGAGUGGCUUCUUGUCCUUCUUUCUCUCCUCUUCCUCAUAGUCACGUUCCCCAUUUCCAUCUGGUUCUGCAUGAAGAUUGUACGGGAGUAUGAAAGAGCCAUUUUGUUUCGAUUUGGACGCCUUCUUCGCGGAAGGCCCAGAGGCCCUGGAUUAUUCCUUUUCCUACCAUGUUUGGACACCUACCACAAAAUAGACCUCCGCCUCAAAACCUUAGAGAUCCCUUUCUAUGAGACCAUAACCAAAGACAUGGCAAGUCUAGAAAUAGAUACCAUCUGUUACUAUCGAAUGGAGAAUGCCACACUCGUCAUGACCACCCUUGUCAACCACUCGAAGGCAAUCCAGCUGCUAGUGCAGACCAUCGCGAAGCGCUUUCUGGCACAACGGUCGCUCACAGACAUUCUGAUGGAGAGGAAGAGCAUUAGCCAGGAGAUAAAGGUGGCUGUGGACGCCAUCACCUGUCAGUGGGGGAUCAAGGUGGAAAGGACAGAAAUUAAAGACGUGCGGUUGCCAACGGAGCUUCAGGAGUCACUGGCUGCACAAGCAGAAGCCCAGAGGCAGGCCAAAGUGAGGGUCAUAGCUGCCGAAGGAGAAAAGGCCGCUUCCGAAUCUCUGAAGGUGGCAGCUGAGGUGCUUUCUCAUACACCAGCCGCCCUCCAGCUCCGCUACCUCCACAUGUUGCAAAGCCUGUCUGCAGAGAAGCCGUCCACCUUUAUUCUUCCUUUCCCCCUCGACCUCAUGAACCCUUCAUCAGUAGACAACCUGAAAUCCACAGGCUGCAACCGCUCUUCAGAUAUCGCCAGCAACCCAGACGCUCCAAAGGCGAAGGAUUCCCCCAUGUUGUAGGACUGAACUAGGAAAGCUCAGGCACCAGGUGCAGCAUCUAGGCCUCUCUGUCUAGCUCCUCAGGCCAUAACCCAUUGCCUAGUCCAAAAUUCGUACCCGCCUGCUUUGCACCCUCCUGAAGUGUUUUUGCCUGGCUGAAAUGUGCCCUUGAACUCACCUGGAUAGAGGAUAAGAGAGGGGAUGUUAGUCUUUGUAGGAACU